AUGGCUAUCCUAUCGACAGUGCCGGCGCUGCUAUUUGCGCUGGCAUCGUGGGCUCCAACCGUGGCGGCUCAGAGUGCCGCCGAUUACUUUGUCCACGAGUUGCCCGGCGCACCCAAGGAGCCCUUCAUCAAGAUGCACGCUGGACACGUCGAAGUCACUCCCGAACACAACGGAAACAUCUUUUUCUGGCAUUUCCAGAACCAGCACAUCGCCAACAAGCAGCGCACCGUCAUCUGGCUUAAUGGCGGCCCCGGCUGCAGCUCCGAGGACGGCGCCUUGAUGGAGAUCGGCCCCUACCGAGUCAAGGACCCGGACCAUCUCGAGUACAACAACGGCUCCUGGAACGAGUUCGCCAACCUGCUCUUCGUCGACAACCCCGUCGGCACCGGCUUCAGCUUUGUCGACACCAACAGCUACCUGCACGAGCUCCCCGAGAUGGCCGAUCAGUUUGUUCAGUUUCUCGAAAAGUGGUUCGCCAUGUUCCCCGAGUACGAGCACGACGACCUCUACAUCUCAGGUGAAUCAUAUGCCGGUCAGCACAUCCCCUAUAUCGCAAAACACAUCCUUGAGAGGAACAAGAAGCCCGGAGUCAAAACCCCCUGGCAGCUCAAGGGUCUGCUCAUGGGCAACGCAUGGAUCUCCCCCAAAGAGCAAUACGAUGCCUACCUAAAGUACGCCUACGAGAAGAAGCUCAUCGAGAAGGGCUCGCCCAUUGCGCUCCAGCUUGAGCAGCAGUGGCGUAUUUGCCGCACAUCGCUGGCUGUCACCAACACUGUCGACUUCACCGAGUGCGAAUCCGUCCUGCAGAAGCUGCUCGAGCAGACGGCCAAGGUCAACGCCAAGGGCGAGCGGGAGUGCAUCAACAUGUAUGACAUCCGCCUGCGCGACACCUUCCCCUCCUGCGGCAUGAACUGGCCCCCAGACUUGGUCAACCUGACGCCCUACCUCCGCAAGGCCGAGGUCGUCAGCGCCCUGCACAUCAAACCCCAGAAGACCACGGGUUGGACGGAAUGCAACGGAGCUGUCGGUUCCGCCUUCCGAGCCCCCAAUUCGGUUCCUUCAAGGGACUACUUGCCCGAUCUCCUCAAGGAGGUCCCCAUCGUCCUUUUCUCCGGCGCCGAAGACCUCAUCUGCAACUACAUGGGAACCGAAGCAAUGAUUGGCGACAUGGAAUGGAAUGGCGGUAAGGGCUUCGAGCUCACCCCCGGUAACUGGGCCCCGCGCCGCGACUGGACCGUCGAGGGCCAGCCUGCCGGCUUCUGGCAGGAGGCCCGCAACCUCACAUACAUCCUCUUCUACAACUCCUCCCACAUGGUCCCUUUCGACUACGCCCGCCGCAGUCGCGACAUGCUCGACCGCUUCAUGAACGUGGAUAUCAGCUCCGUUGGCGGGACACCCACCGACUCUCGCCUCGAUGGCGAACAAGGCCCCGCUACAUCGGUCGGCGACAUUGGCAAGAACGGCACCUCCGCUGACGCGGAGACGCAGAAGAAGUUGGACGAGGCCAAGUGGAAGGCGUACUACCGAUCUGGUGAGAUCGUCCUGGUUAUCGUCAUCAUCGCUGCUGGUGCCUGGGGCUGGUACGUCUGGCGCGAGCGCCGCAAGCGCAGAGGCUAUUCGGGUAUCAUGGGCAACACACCCCCCAUUGCCCAGCGCGGCACCACCCGCGGCCUCGAGGGCUUCCGCGACAGGCGAACCGGCCGUGACGUUGAGACGGGCGAUUUUGACGAGAGCGAGUUGGACGACCUGCACGUGACGACGCCGACGGUGGAGAUGGACAAGGAUCGUUACAGUGUUGGAGGGGACAGCGACGAUGAGCCUCACGACGAGAAGCCCUCGAGAUCGAACGGCGGCCGCUCAGGGCGGUAG